GAGGGAGGUGGAUUCUGGGUCUUGGGUUUGUUUGCUUUUGCUUAAACGUUCCCCACCCAGAUGAUGAGAUAAUCAUGCACCCAAGAACCUCAAAUUUCAAAUGCUGGACACCAAACCGUAGGGGGGGGUGAGAGAGAGAGAGAGAGAGAGAGAGAGAGAGAGAGAGAGACAGAGGGGUUAAAGGGAAAAGAAGUGACAAGCUUUUAUUUAUUUAUUUUUAUUUAUUUUAAACUUUUUAUCCUCAGUCUGAUCAUUGAUUCCAGUUGGGUUAUCAGGGAAACCAACUGGGUCUAAUCCAAAAUUUCUUGUUGAUGGGUUUUUCUUUGAAAAAGUUCCAUACUUGAUGCUUCUUUCGGCUAUGCAGACCUGAGGGAGCUAUACCGGUGAUGGGAUUUCUUCAUUCCUAAGGGGAAAGCGGAAGGAAUCUUGAGAUUCAGUCAGAAAGUGGAAAAUCAGAGGAGAUAGAGAUCACAGAGCUCCACCACCUUGUUUUCCCGGCACAUGGAAUAGAAAGUGAAACUGGGUCUACUUCAGUUUCCCCUUUUUGUAUUCUCGGUGGUUCCUGACAAAGCAGGUUGAUCUUUGAUGAGUUUUAUGAAGUGGGUUUGCUGAAGAAUUUUCUCUGUGGUGGAGAAUUUCCACUUUCAGCAAAUUGCCAUUCUGCGCUUCUCUCGGGAGCGUAAUUUUGAUGAGUUGCUCACCUGGAGCUGGGCUCUUCCUCAAAUUCUCACGACUCUUUGUGAGGAUACACAGGUGGGCUUUGGUUCACAUGUCUCUGAAUUGCAACUUCUCUGGCUCAAAUGGCAGGUUGCCUGCAAAUUUCAAAGUAAAGAGAGCCAAGGAAUCCGUGCAUGGGCCUAAUGGUGUCAGAAAAUGGAAGAGAAAGCUUCUUCUUCUAUGGAUUCUAGGUGUUGUUACUAUAGGCACUAUUUGGGCGCUCUUGAUUUUUGGUGGUGAUGUUUGGGACAGAAAUGAGAAAAAUCUAGAUUGCUGUGAAGAACAAGCCAGAACGUUACUCCAGCAUUACAAUGUCAGCAGAAAACAACUUCAUGCUUUGGCUUCUUUGUUCUCUGAAUCAGAUCAGAUAAGAUCUCUCAACUGUAACAAGGAACCUGGACUUGAAAUGCCACCAGGUGAUGGCAUUACCUGUGCUCUGAAGGUGCUUUGUUCAGAGAUGCAGGAAUUUGAAAAGCGGCAUACCUGGGUUGAUGAAAAAAUAGAACAUAAUGACCAGUGUUCUGUACAAGAACCUAAUGACCAAUCUCCUGUACAAGAUGAGAAUAUCUCCAGUAAGUUUGACCAAUCAAUCCAAGAGGACAAUUCUGAAUUAUUUGGUUCACAAUCUGCAUUGUCGUCAAUGCGACUUAAGUAUGAGAAUCAUGAAAAGGAUAUCUUACACACAAGGACAUCAGUUGAUCUUUCAAAAGAUCCCUGUGAGAAUUUUUGUCCUUUCUUGGUGAAAGGAUGUUGGUGGCUCCUCAUUGGAAUGGUAGCAAGCUUUAAGAUUUCUGGUUUGUGCUUGAAGUUUCAAAAAGACAGAAAACAUAAGAUUCCUCAGCUGCAGCCUGUAGCUCAGCAGCAGCUGCUGUUACUGCAGCAGAAGCAGCAAAAUCAAGCUCAGAGCCCUCCUCGAGGUGCAGGAAAAUGGAGGAGGACGCUUCUAAGAAUAUUUAUCUUGCUAGGAAUUAUUGGGUCCGUCUGGCUAUUUUGGCACCUAAAUGAGAAAAUUAUUUUGAGAAGAGAAGAGACAUUGGCCAAUAUGUGUGAUGAGCGGGCUCGGAUGUUGCAGGAUCAGUUCAAUGUGAGCAUGAACCAUGUUCAUGCCUUGGCUAUUCUUGUUUCUACCUUUCACCAUGGAAAAAACCCAUCUGCUAUUGAUCAGAAGACAUUUGGUGAAUAUACUGAAAGAACAGCUUUUGAGAGACCACUUACUAGUGGUGUUGCUUAUGCUCUGAAAGUUCUUCACUCAGAAAGAGAGCAAUUUGAAAGGCAGCAUGGAUUUACAAUAAAGAAAAUGGAAACUGAGGACCAGACUCUUGUCCAGGAUUGUAUGCCAGACAAUUUAGAUCCUGCACCUGUUCAAGAUGAAUAUGCACCAGUCAUCUUUUCCCAAGAAACUGUCUCUCACAUUGUCUCUAUUGACAUGAUGUCUGGAAAGGAAGACCGUGAAAACAUCUUGCGAGCAAGGGCAACUGGGAAGGGUGUAUUGACAUCUCCCUUUAAGCUUUUAAAAUCCAAUCACUUGGGUGUUGUGCUGACAUUUGCUGUUUAUAACACUGACCUUCCCCCAGAUGCAACCCCAGAACAGCGUAUUGAAGCUACUGUGGGUUACCUGGGGGCAUCUUAUGAUGUCCCAUCGCUUGUGGAGAAGCUUUUGCAUCAACUUGCCAGCAAGCAAACGAUUGUUGUGAAUGUCUAUGAUACAACUAAUGCAUCUGUCCCCAUUAGCAUGUAUGGUACAGAGGUUGAGGAUACUGGUCUGUUGCACAUUAGCAAUCUUGAUUUUGGGGAUCCAUUAAGGAAGCAUGAGAUGCACUGCAGGUUCAAGCACAAACCAUCUGUACCUUGGACUGCAAUCAAUGCCUCAGUAGGAGUCUUGGUUAUUACUUUGCUUCUUGGUCAUAUCUUCCAUGCAGCAAUAAGUCGCAUUGCAGAAGUGGAGGAUGACUGUCAAAAGAUGAUGGAGCUCAAGGCUCGUGCUGAAGCUGCAGAUGUGGCAAAGUCUCAGUUCUUAGCAACAGUUUCCCACGAGAUAAGGACUCCAAUGAAUGGUGUUUUAGGCAUGUUGCAAUUGUUGAUGGACACUGAUCUUGAUGCAAACCAAAUGGACUGUGCCAAGACUGCUCAUGCUAGUGGAAAAGAUCUUAUCUCGCUAAUAAACGAGGUUCUUGACCAGGCAAAGAUAGAAUCAGGCAGGCUUGAACUUGAACGAGUGCCUUUUGACAUACGAGCUGUUCUUGAUAAUGUCUUAUCACUUUUCUCAAGAAAAUCAUUUGAAAAGGGAAUUGAGUUGGCCAUUUAUGUUUCGGAUCAAGUUCCUGAAGUUGUUGUUGGUGACCCUGGGCGGUUUCGGCAGAUAAUUACAAACCUAGUUGGAAAUUCAAUCAAGUUCACACAUGACAAAGGGCAUAUAUUUGUAUCAGUCCAUCUAGCAGACGAAGUCAGGGAUCCAUGUAACAUUAGGGAUCAAGUGCUGCGGCAAGGCUUGAAUUUAGUUGAGGACACCUCAAACCAAAAUACACUAAGUGGGUUUCCUGUGGUAAAUAGAUGGAAAAGCUGGGAAAAUUUUAAAAUGUCCAGUGGUCCAGAAACACAGGAUUCUGAGAAAAUUGAAUUGCUUGUGACAGUUGAGGAUACAGGGGUUGGUAUUCCUCUAGAUGCACAAGAUCGCAUUUUCACUCCUUUUAUGCAGGCUGACAGUUCUACUUCUCGAACAUAUGGUGGAACUGGAAUUGGAUUGAGCAUCAGCAAGCGGCUGGUAGAACUCAUGGAUGGGGAGAUUGGGUUUGUGAGUAAAUGUGGCGCUGGCAGUACCUUUUCUUUUACUGGAGCUUUCACAAAAGCAGAUCUAAGUUCUAUAGAUAUCAAAGGGCUGGAAUAUGAUCCAGUAGUUUCUGAUUUCCGUGGGUUGACGGCUUUGAUUAUUGAUAACAGAAGUAUUCGGGCUGCUGUCACAAGAUAUCAUCUCCACAGAUUGGGAAUUUCUGUAAAAAUAGCUUCUAGUAUGGCAUCCGCAUGCUCUCAUCUAUCCAGUACUUGCAGCACAAGUGUAUUAGCACAUUUGGCCAUGGUUCUUAUUGAUGGAGAUGUGUGGAAUAAAGAAGAUGGCAUUGCAUUUCAUCGUUUGCUCAAAGAACACAAACAAAAUGGAAGCCCAGAAACCUCGGGGAGCUUUCCAAAGAUUUUUCUCAUGGAUACCUCUGUAACCUCUGUGGUAUGCAAUGAGCUCAAAUCAUCUGGUUUCAUAGAUAACAUUCUGCCAAAACCUCUUCGGUUGAGUGCCUUGAUUGCCUGCUUUCAAGAAGCCCUUGGGAGUGGUAAGAAGAGGCAAGUAAGUCCAAAGAAACAAACAAAUCUCGGGGGUCUGCUGAGAGAAAGGCGAAUUUUAGUGGUAGAUGACAAUUUAGUAAACCGGAGAGUUGCAGAAGGCGUACUUAAAAAAUACGGAGCAAUUGUUGCUUGCGUAGAGAGUGGCAGGGCUGCACUAGAAAUGCUUAAGCCACCCCAUAGCUUUGAUGCCUGCUUUAUGGAUCUCCAGAUGCCAGAAAUGGAUGGAUUUGAAGCAACUAGGCAAAUUCGGGCUAUGGAGAGAGAGGUUAAUGAGAAAAUUGCAUCUGGAGAAGCAUCGGCUAAUAUGUUCAGGAAUGUGGCUAAGUGGCACAUUCCGAUAUUAGCUAUGACUGCAGAUGUGAUUCAAGCUACUAAUGAGGAGUGCAUGAAAUGUGGAAUGGAUGAUUAUGUGUCGAAACCUUUUGAAGAAGGGCAGCUUUAUGCAGCUGUGGCACGAUUUUUUGAGUCAGGUUAAUGAGCAAGUGAGUGACAAUGUGGUUGUAGAUUAUCUGGCCAACCGGUUGAUCUUAUGGAUUGUUCAGAUUGACCCUCAACACUUCAGUUGUCACAUUUGUGAGAAGUAGCACUGCUAGAAGGUGACAAAUGAAGUAGUUCAUGCCUCGUUUGCGUCAUGUGGCCAUCACUUAGAAUGUGGAAUGUUAAGCUCGUGACAUGACUUCUAUGUCCAAGUAAAGCAUGAAUGGCGGGGGAGAGUAACCAAAUGCUGUUGUUGUUCGUUUGGCACCAUAUAAUCACUUGCUCAAGAGAAUUAAGGCAGAUGGUGGCUUUUUCUGUAUAUACCUCAUUGUUUGAUUGUAAUUAAUAGUCCUCUAUUCUUUUUGUUCCUUGAUUUUUUUUUCCAUGGGCGAGAAAAUGAUUCUAACACCAUGUAAUCCAUGUUUCUAAGCUCUAUCAGUGAAAGGUUCAGCUCCUCAUCUUCUCAGGAGUAGCUUAAGAGGAACUGUAUUGGCAUCAAAUAUGGAUUCUUUAUAGCAUCAAAUCACUUUACCUUCAGGUUAGUCCAUCGGAGAGAGAGAAUAUGAAACAAGAGUGUUGAAAAUGGUUGUACAGAAAAGCUUUCCCUGACUUGGAGCUACUAUAUUCUCUUUCCCUUCGACAUUUCUGGGAAAAGAUUAUGCAUUCAUCAUCUGAUUGCUCUGAUGUAGAGUAGAACAAAAGUGAGGGUCUGUAUGUAAGUUAUGCUGCCCCAUGGCAACGGUUGUGUGUGGAACCGUUGUCUCCAUUGUUUUGAUCUUUUCCUUUCUGAAUCAUUGUAAAGUGAGCCAUGAGAUCUGAUUUUAUCAUAAUGAACUGUGAGUAAAAUUCAUUUUUGGGUUGAAA